CCGCUCGCUCUACAGAUCUGCAGAGUGGCAGCUGUGCUCUGCCUCUGCGAGUUGUUCUUCCUCUCCUGAUGGCUCGUGCGUUUCGUCGCAUGCCGCAGUAAUUUUUUGGACGCAGUUCGAAUUAAACCUAGUGCUAGCUGGACUGGAACGCCAGAAGGGAGCCAGCGGCCCACAGUCGUGCGCUGUGCUCGGGGCAUGGCGGACGAAGCAGUGAAGAAGACGGCGGGGGGCUGGGCUUGCCCAGCUGGCAAGCGGCUGGCUCGGGCUCUCCAUCGAUCUCCCGCCGACAUGCGGGCCCCACGUCUCCCUCUCCGCCUCCUCCCGACUAUUUAAGCACUCCCGGCCGUCGCCUCCCCUGCCACAGCCAUCACCGUCCUCCCCCUCGAUUGCUUCUCGAUCCCCCUCCAGAACCACCACUUCCUGACGAGUUGCGGGCGCGCCGCAUCGAAGAGAGAGGCCGGGGGCGGAUGGCGAAGGGGGGAGGGCUGGGGAAGCUGCGGUGCGUGAUGAGGAGGUGGCACUCGUCCAGCCGCAUCGCCCGCGCGCCGGCGCCCGGCGAGGCCGGCGGCGACGCCCGGGGCGCGUCGUUCCACGGCGCCGCGGACGAGGUGCCCAAGGGCCUGCACCCGGUGUACGUCGGCAAGUCGCGGCGCCGGUACCUCGUCGCCGAGGAGCUCGUGGCCCACCCGCUGUUCCGGACCCUCGUCGACCGCGCCGGCGCCGGCGCCGGCGCCGGCUGCACCGUGGUCGGCUGCGAGGUGGUCCUGUUCGAGCACCUCCUGUGGAUGCUGGAGAACGCGGACCCGCAGCCCGAGUCCCUCGACGAGCUCGUCGAGUACUACGCGUGCUGAGGCGGCGCGCGCCCGACCGUGAUGGCGGCGCAGCCCGGCCCGCCGGAGUUGGAAGCUUGCUAAGCUGCGGCGAACUAAUUCAUCUGGGUCAGUCCGCGUGUACUGAGUAGGGUAGAGUUGUGAUAAACGCUAAAAAGCGGGGGCGCAGAGAAAAUACGCCGGGCUGAUUAUGGUUGUGUCACUGUGUCCCGGCGUCGAUUAAUGGAAAAGCGACUGGAUGCAAAUUGAUUUUGACAGCUACGGUGUUCGAGCUCAUAUUCCAAGUUUUUUAAAGUUUGGCUAACAAUUCAAGCUUC